AAUAUAUUAUGUUGCCAGUUCAAUAGCGUAUGCCGUUGGUCUAGUCGUGACGUUUGCCGCGCUGUUUUUGAUGGAAGAAGGUCAACCGGCUUUGGUGUAUCUCGUGCCGUGUACCUUGCUCACGGUCAUCGUCAUCAGUCUCAUUCGAGGAGAAUUUUGUGAUCUUUGGCAUGGGACUUACGAUUUGAACAACCCAAGCGUUGAACCGCUGGUACAAAGCGACGAUGAAGAAGACUGUAUUUUGACAGGACAGCGGGCGCAGAAGGCCGCAACCUCAGCAACAAUAAGCACGUUAAGGAGGAAGAUGAAGUGAUCAAUUAAUGGGAACUGUGCAAUCGAUUUAAAUAUAAAGCUGUGGGUCUAUGUCCAUAGAAGGUCAUUUCCAAAUUACAUAGUACCGCGCGGUGUAUAGACACUUUAUAGAUAAUAUAUAGCAACUAUAUUUCUAUACAGCUGAGUGAAGAAAUCAAACUCCAGCAACUAUAAUAGCAUUUGUAUACUUACAUAAAUUAUAUUUGUAAUUGUGUAUGUUAAGAGGUUAUUUGCACAAAAAUAUCGGUGGAAGUUUUAAACCAUCGCAUUUUACUUUAAAA